GCACAUCCGCCUGACCCGCUACUGUUUACAAAUCAGCAGACAGUCCGACACAGCAGAAUGAGGAGUCCUGCGUGAUCUGAACAGAGUCAUCUUUUUCUUGGCUGAGGAGAAUCACAAGACUGUGAAAGUCCGGCUGGGUCGUGGUCAUGCAGCACCCCAAUUUCGAGACCCGCCACCCGCUCCAGACAGACGAGCAGCAGGAGACGGGCUUCGAUCCGCUCCAUAAUUUCAACAAGAACCGCAGCAGAGGAUCUCUUGACAGCAGCACUUACUCACAGCCUCAGUCAACCUUCCUCUCGUACAGGAAAGAAUGGGACGACUUGUUCCUCCACAGUAAUUACCUGGCCAGGAUCCGGCAGGCAGGCAUCAACGGCCGACUGAGGAGCAGCCGCUUUCGGAGCGUAUGCUGGAAGUUAUAUCUGGAGGCUCUUCCAGAAGACAAGGGUCAGUGGAUCAACAAGACCAAGGAGCUCCGGGGCCAGUAUGAGAAGAUCAAAGAGACGCACAUCACCAACCCUCGCAAGGCUAAAGGCCAGCAGGACCUGAUGAUCAACAACCCGCUGUCCCAGGACGAGGGGAGUCUGUGGAACAAAUUCUUCCAAGAUAAAGAGCUGAAGGGGAUGAUCAAACAGGACGUGAUGAGAACGUUCCCUGAGAUUCGUUACUUCCAGGACGACGAUGUGAGGACCAAGCUGACCGACAUUCUCUUCUGUUAUGCCAGAGAAAAUGAACAGUUACUGUAUAAACAGGGGAUGCACGAGUUGCUCGCUCCCAUAGUGUUUGUGCUGCACUGUGACCACCAAGCCUUCCAGCACGCCAGCGAGACGGCCAGCCCCAGUGAGGAGAUGAAGUGUCUGUUGAACCCAGAGUACCUUGAGCACGAUGCCUAUGCCAUGUUCUCGCAGCUGAUGGAGACAGCAGAGCCGUGGUUCUCCAGCUUUGAGAGAGAAGUGAGGAAGGGUAAGGAAGAGAUGCUGACCAGCAUCCCCUUCGCGCGGCCCCAGGACUGCGGGCCAUCUGUUGCCAUUGUGACGAAAGUCAACCGCAUCCAGGACCAGCUGGUGAAGAAGCACGACGUUGAACUUCACAUGCACCUCAACCGGCUGGAGAUCGCCCCGCAAAUCUAUGGCAUCCGGUGGGUACGUCUCCUGUUCGGCCGCGAGUUUCCACUCCAGGACCUGCUGGUGGUCUGGGACGCUCUGUUUGCUGACAGCAUCACUCUGGACCUGGUUGACUAUAUCUUUGUGGCCAUGCUGCUCUACAUCCGAGACGCUCUCAUUGCUAGUAACUUCCAGACCUGCCUGGGCCUUCUUAUGCACUACCCUCCAUUAGGAGACAUCAACUCUCUGCUGCAAAAGGCUCUUUUCCUCCGAGAUCCUAAAAACCAUCCACGACCUGUCAACUACCAGUUCCAGCAGAACCUGGAUUACUACAAAACAAGGGGGGCUGACCUGAUGAACAAGACACGUUCUGGUUCCGGCGCAAAACCGACCCCCCUCAACAUCAACAAGGUCUCCAGCAGCCUGCUGAGCUUCGGCAGGAAGCUCAUCGCUCCGGCCAUGACGGGCGGCUCCAGCAGCGUCUCGCCAAUCAACAGCGAGGUACACUCCUCCUCUUCCUCCUCCUCGUCAACGUCCCCCGCGUCGGUGCCUCCGCCCGCACUGCCUCACCCGCUGGCCGAGCCCUCGUCAGGCCACGCGCCGCCGCAGACCCAGAGCCACGCCCAGACUCAGCACUACCGCCUGCUCAAGUCCGAGAGCAUGCCUGUGCACCUCAGCAAAGAUGUAGUUUCAGGUGGAGUGUCUCAGGUCUCUCUACCAGCCCAGAGUCACACUGACACACAAGGCCAAAGCUCCAGGACUGUCAGCUCCUCUCCCAGCAUAGAAAGCCUCUCCGGUGGGCGGGGUCAGUCCACCGCCUCCCCGCCUCUUCCCCCCUCCAGAGGGAGUGACGUGAGCACCUCUUCCCCGCCCCUCUCCGCCACCAAGAAGGAGUCUUUCUUCAACAUCACUCGCUCUCGUUCCCACAGCAAGACCAUGGGCAAGAAAGAGACCGAGGAGGACCUGGAAGCCCAGGUAUCAUUCCUGCAAGGUCAGAUCAAUGACCUGGAGGCCAUGAGCAAAUACUGUGCCAAGAUGAUGAACACUCACAUCUGUAAAAUCCAGGAAGUGAUUCUGCAAGAACACCUGGAGAAAGAGGAUGAGGUCCUUGUGUCACUGGCUGGACUCAAACAGAUCAAGGACAUCCUUAAGGGGGCGCUCCGCUUCAACCAAAGCCAGCUGGAGGCCGAGGAGAACGAGGAGAUCACCAUCGCUGACGAUCACUACACCUCCACAGCUGCUGCCGAAACUGCUCUGAGCGCCGCCAAUCACCGCAGUGACCACCAGCAACAAGGAGACGCCAGGCGGAGCCGGGACGCUGAUCUGGACGGGAGCGUGAGCACGGAUGAGAAAGAAGAGGAGGAGCAGGCGACGACUCCACCCGAGCAACAGGUGGCGUCUUCCCUCGGCUCCGAGGGUAAGAACUGGGACGACUACAUCCUCGUGUCCCAGGACGGAGACCUGCAGGCCGCCGACGGAGGAGGAGGAAGGGCUGCGGCCGAGCGCACCCCUCCAAUCAGGCGAGGGCGCGGCUUGGUGCGAAUAGAGCCCGAGGGCGCGGCCGGGACCUUCCAUGACCCCCUGAUGGCCGGCACCACCUCGGGCUCCUCCAGCCCAGACGAGGGCUCCACCCACAGCAAGGACUCUGACUUUACCAUUGUCAACCCGAAUGACCUGUGAAAGUGCAAGUCAACCCACCUUCUCCUCCUCUCACACCUGUAUCACGUCCCAUUCAGAGGGUGUGAUCCAAAAAAAUAAAAACAAACUGACUUGGGAUCAGAGGGUGGAACCUGCAGUUUUUGGCGUAGCGCCACCGAAGCUGCCGGCUAAAAAAUUGCACACGUGGACUGUGACACAUCCAGUCACAAAUACCUUAUACUCUGUCUCUUUACCCGUCAUCUGUGCCACUUGAGUCCUGUCUGAGCUGAUGCUGUAUGCUAUCUCAUCGACCUAAUGCCUGUCUCCUCAGUACAUUGGAUCCUGUCACUCAUUAUAUUUAAUUUUAGUAUUUUAGUACCCUGCUCUACAGAGAGGGGGCGCCAUUGAACUUCUUACCCUAUCACUACAUGAUUUCUCUGAAGAGUUGGACCUCAAACUGCAUUUUCUUCACCUCCUGAGCUUACCGUGCUGAUGGAGAGUGUGAUGCUCUGUUUUCUUCUGAAUGUGGAGAUCUGGCCAUACCUCUGCCUGUCUUAUGUCUGUAUGUCUGUCCUCACAGGGGACGCUCUCUUCUUUGAUGCUCAAAGGGAAGAAGGGUGGUGUCCUCCGGUAAGUUGUCGAGGGCAGCUUUUCUCCCCCUCCUAAACCAGUGCCUCUGACCUUUUUUCUUCUCUCAACCAAACAAAACCUGACUCUGUGAUCUUAUUCGUCUUAUUCUUUUUUUUUUUGUUAGCUUGUUUUUUUUAUUUUCAAGAAAACAUUUUUAUCCCUUAGACCUUUAGCUUCCUGGUAGCUUUCUGGGUAAAGGUUGAUUAAAUUAUAGAAUAAGUCUUUUUUUUUUCUUUUUGUUUUUAAAUUGAUUCCAAUGUGGAUGUUUUAACGUUUUCAUUUCUCACAUCACAACUGAGUUGCUCUCGUGUCCUGUGGAAACCAUGUGAAGCAGCGCACACAAAGAAUGUCCCUCGAGCUGCCCAUUCAGCAUAAUUAACUCAAGACCAAUAAAACUACAUCGCUC